CAAAUAUACCGAACAGUAUUGAAAAAUUGUGAAGCUUGAUCGAAAUGUAGCAGAUGUUGGUCUGUUUUCGUGUUUAUUUCAAUUUUAUCUACACAGUGGACAGUUUUUUAUCUUUGAAAUGACAGAGAAGAUACUUCCAGUCGAUAGCAAAGUCCAUGAACUUAAGUUAGGUUCAAGUUUUGAUCCUAAAUCUCGAGUUGCCUUCCACUCUUUCCGCUAUGAUUUCAUGCCAGCAUCAGUUGACACGUCACAACAAGGACUGGUGGAUGUAGGGGAGGGGCACCAGGUGACAGUGGGACUGCCCCAUGUCGAGGGUUCUGGUACAUCACACACCAUGUACAAAGGCAACAAGCGGCCGAGUCCUAAAGAAUGCGUUCUAAUUAUAGACCAUCAGACAGGGGCAUUCACUCUGGAGCGACUCUCCAACACUGUCAACUUAAAAAAGACCAGAAUGGAGGGCAGUAGUAAAAUAUCCCAGAGCAGCCGACCUUUGACCCCUGUGGAUGUCAACAAGAGAUCCCCAGUCAAACAGAAAGCCGUGGCCUCGUCUUCAGUCAGCGUCAGCCCCCCGACCCCCCAGGUAGAGUCCCCGACCGUCACCCCCGUACACGAUGACCCUAAAAUGGAGGACUCCCAGAAACCGGAACAGAGUUGGAUUGGAUUUAUCAGCAGCAGUAGUGACUCAUCCAGCGACUCGGAUAACUCAGCUAGUGACUCAGAAGACGAGUCCAAAACAAACAAUGAUAAAUCAGGACAGGGUCUGUUUAGAUCCCAGCCUCUCUAUCAGUCAGCCCCUCCUUCCUCCAACAUCCUGGGUAAAGAUCUGGAAUUGAGUGACGACGAUAGUGAGAGCGAUUGAGAGCCUGGGAAUUCUGGGAAGGUUGGAAGGUUGGAAAAGUGGAAUUCUGGGAAGAUUUGGAGAAGUUGUUGACAUUGUUGUCAUAGAGGACUCCCAGUACUGCUUUAAACGGACAUUGUUCUUAUGCUGUUGCUUUAUACACAAUGUAAGGGUAGUGUAUCCUUACUGAGUGAUAGGAAGUUUGGAAGAAUGGUACUGUAAACCAACUUUUUUUCGUGUGCGAGAAUUUUUCGCGAGGUUCAGGAGUCUCGUCAUCUGGAAUAUUCCUAUAAAGCAGUCCUUAAAGUCUCUCUCUUUUAACAACACAUCCAAAAAGGCUUUGAUCGCAAAAAUUUAUUGUGGCGAACUAGUUUCACCCUGGUGAAAAGUCGUCACGAUUAAAAGCUGUUUUU